AUGGCCAAGUCUGGUAUUGGUGAUACUAGACGAAGCCGUAGUAGGGGGAGAUCACUUCGAAGGAAGUCUAAGCCUCCUUUGGUCCAACACGAAGGUGAAAAUGGGCGGGUACCUGCUGGCCCUUCGCGGCCGGUGACGGAUAGACAAGUCGGCCGAAACAGGAGUAGGUCUACAAUGCAAGGUAAACAGCAAAUGCAACCACAAACAUGGGCUAGUGUCGCCAAAGUUAUGGCCAAAGGCUAUAACCUAUCAUAUGUGGCACCUUUGAUUGAGGAUGGGGAGCCGAUUGUGGACAUCACUCCGGAGAUUGUGGCCAAUCAAAACCCGAUGUUGAGGGAGAGUAUUGUAGGAUACUUCUUGGGGAAGAAGAUCUUCUUCAAGAUCACCGAGGAAGCCAUUAAAAAGGCGUGGGGGGCUCAUGUCAUGGAUGUUCGUAUGCAUGAGAAUGGCUUCUACUUCACCCAUAUCCCGGAUGAAACAUUUAGGAGGAAGGUCUUAGAUAUGGGACCUAUCACCAUCCUUAGGAGCACAAUGAUGUUGCAACCGUGGCAUCCAAAGCUAAAGCUCAAGAAACCCGCAAAUGACACCCUCCCGGUGUGGAUUAGGAUGAGAGAUAUCCCACUCUCUCUAUGGUCACCGCAAGGUAUAAGCCGCAUUGCUAGUGCGAUUGGAAAUCCUCUCUAUGUGGAUGUCCAAACGGAGCAAAUGAAGAGACUUUCUUUUGCCCGGGUAUGUAUCGAGAUCAAAGCUUCUCGACCUCGGGUGCAGGUGAUCAAACUUCGAUGGGAUGAUGAGUUGAUCACUAUUGGAGUUGAGUACGAAUGGAACCCCCUCUCAUGCGACGCUUGUGGCAUCUUUGGGCACAAAUUGGGGGCAACCGGAUACCCGUGUGCGAGUGAACAUGGACCCCCCAACGAUAAGCCUUCGGCUCCCGAUCCUCGCCCCCAGCUCGAAGGCACUUGGCAGCAAGUUCAAGGUAGGAAAGGAAGACGAAAUGCGGGACCUAAACUACCCCUACCGGAUGAUUCCUCCGUCCCUCAACUUGCUCAGCUACGGUUGGAUUCGGACCACGAUGUGAAUCCGGAAAAAACAGGGCAUACCUCUCCCGGUUUGAAGACCGCCAAUAUGGACCCUCCUCUUCGGGCUCCUUCACCGGUCCCCGGACUCUGCAGGCCUUCAAACCUGCAAGGUGAAUCGCAGCCUCUUCCACCGGCUGAAUCACCCCGAGCCUCCUCUACCCACUCUUCCACAUCAGAAAAUGGUGGUGACACUGGAACAAAUAAGGGCAUCGAUGCUAAAGACGAUAUUUCCACUCCCUCCCCUCCUUUUACUAGAGCUCGGGCCACGGGUGGUGCUCUUGCGGAGGACCACGAUCUGAUCAUCCAACCGAAUGCAGCCCCUAAGGAGCCGGAUAUUCCUCGGAGGGAAGACAGCCCUACCUCUUCUAAGACAGGCCUGAAGUCUAAGAAGAAGAAGGCUAAGAAGAAAUACUGGGGCCUAGUUAACCCCCUUAAACAAGCUGAAAUCCGGUCCCUUGUAAGGAUCAACCGGCUUUCUUGUAUAGGAAUUCUGGAGACUAAGGUGAAGCAAUCUCGUUUUGAAUCCAUAUCCAGUGGUUUACUAUCGGGUUGGCGGUGGACUUCCAACUAUGAUUAUUCGUCUCGAGGUAGGAUAUGGAUUGGUUGGAAUCCUCGGGACGUUGAUAUUCUUGUUCUAUUGACUCAUGCUCGGUUGAUCCAUGUUCAUCUUAAUUAUAUUACCAUGAACAAGUCUUGUUAUCUUUCGGUUGCCUAUGGUGAGCACACUUUUGUGGCGCGGAGAGCCCUUUGGGCGGACCUUAUUCGUCUCGGCGGAGGUGAAGAUCCGUGGAUGGUAGCAGGGGACUUCAAUGCCAUUCGGGAUCACACCGACAGGAUGGGUAGCUCAAACGCUUGGAUCCCCGCCUUCGAUGAAUUUGGAGAUUGCCUAACUCAUGCUGGACUUGACGAUCUCAGAUAUGUUGGGCAUAGGUUCACAUGGGCUACCUCUUCCGGAGAUUCUCGCAAGCAACGUAAGAUUGAUCGAGUCCUCAUCAAUGAACACUGGAGCCGUGUCUUCUCCUUCUCCGAGGCGGCUUUCUUGGCACCUGGCAUCUCGGACCACACGCCUAUGGUUGUCAAGAUCGUCCCCCCUCCGGUAUCCAAAAGACCUUUUAAGUUUUUUAACUACUGGACGUCUCAUCCGUCCUACAAGGAUAUUGUCACACGUGCUUGGAGCACACCUGUCGGCGGUUCUCCUAUGUACAAGGUAUGUUGCAAGCUCGGGCUCCUCAAAGCACGUCUCAAACAACUAAAUACAAGCUCGUUCUCGGACAUCUCCAACCGGACAGAACAAGCAAGAUUAGCCCUCUUUUCAAUACAGGAUGCCCUAGAACGGGAUCCCACGAACCGUAGCUUGGUUGACCGGGAGCUAGAACACCUUCGUGCGUUCUCGGAACUUAGACUUCGGGAGGAAUCGUUCUACAAGCGUAAGUCAAGAAUUCGGUGGCUUAAAGAGGGGGAUCACAACACAAGAUACUUCCACCAUUUUGUUAACAAAAGACACCACCGCAACCGCAUCCUCUCGGUUUUAGACUCCACUGGUGUCGUCUUGACCGAACCGAAUCUGGUGCGGGAACACAUUGUAGGACACUUUCAACAGCUGCUCAAUGGGGAUUCGACCUCUACUUGUACUGGGAUUUCAGAUAUACGCGGCUACAUUGGUCGUACUCUAGAUGACGACCAAAUCAACUCCCUAUCUCGACAUGUCACGGACGAGGAGAUCAGAUGCACCUUCUCCUCCCUUGCUAGAGGUAAAGCUCCUGGCCCCGAUGGUUUCAAUGUGGAAUUCUUCACAACUUCAUGGGAAACUGUUGGUCCGUCGGUAAUAUUGGCAGUCAAGGAUUUCUUUUCCACGGGUUGUCUUCUCAAAGAGACCAACACAACUAUCCUCUCCUUGGUUCCCAAGACACCCAAUGCCUCGGCUAUGGGUGAGUUUCGGCCUAUUGCUUGUUGCAACACCGUCUACAAAUGUAUAACCAAGAUCAUAGCCAACCGAAUUGCUAGUGUCUUGCCCUCCAUUGUUAAUUCAUCUCAAACGGCUUUUGUCAAAGGAAGAAGGAUUAGUGAUAACAUAUUGCUCGCUCAAGAGUUGUUUGCGAACUUUCAUCAUCAGCCAUAUCUUCCAAAAUGUGCAAUCAAGGUUGACUUCCAGAAGGCCUAUGAUACGAUGGAUUGGUCUUUCCUUGAAAUGGUGUUACAAGCAUUUCGGUUCCCCUCCUUUCUUGUUAGGUUGAUCAUGGAAUGCAUCUCCUCGCCACGGUUUUCCGUCGCUAUUAACGGUGAGCUCCAUGGCUUCUUCUCCAAGAAUGCAGGCAUUAGACAAGGUGACCCCCUAUCCCCUUACUUAUUCACCUUGGUUAUGGAAGUUUUCUCCGGUAUUCUCCGUGCCAAGACCAAUCUUCCGGACUUCAAAUAUUUCCGGAGAUGCAAAUCUUCCCGACUAUCGCAUUUAUUCUUUGUCGAUGAUGUCCUCUUAUUCACCGAGGCCCACAUCGGGUCGGUACGGUUGCUUAAAGAGGGGUUGGAUAUAUUCUCGGGGUGGUCGGGUUUGAAGCCAAACCGGAACAAAAGCAACAUCUUCUUCUCUGGUGGCACUUCGAGUCUUCAUGACCAAAUCCGGGAGUGCUUGGGCUUCCAACAAGGUACUCUUCCAUUCCGCUACUUAGGGGUACCUAUUAUUGCAUCUAGACUAAGCAAGACUCAUUGCAAGGUAUUGGUGGACUCUAUCACGGCUAGAGUAAGGUCUUGGGCCCAAAGGUUCUUGUCUUAUGCCGGUCGUCUACAGCUCAUCAAGUCUGUCUUACAUUCGAUCCAUGUUUACUGGGCUAGCAUUUUCACCCUCCCAAGGUCCAUCUUGCAUGAUAUUGAGCGUAUUCUACGACGCUUUCUUUGGAAAGGUCCUAACCUUGGUGUUGGGGGUGCCAAGGUGUCCCGGGCGGACAUAUGUCUUCCCAAAGACGAGGGAGGCUUGGGGAUUCGCAGGCUUGUGGAUUACAACAAGGCCAUGACCCUCAAACAUAUAUGGACCCUAUUCACCGAUAAAGAGUCCUUGUGGUGCAAGUGGAUUCACUCGACUUUCCCGAAGAACACUAAUUUUUGGGUGGCUACCAAACCCACAUUCUGCUCAUGGACAUGGAAGAAGAUACUCGACCUCCGCGUGGAUUUCUCUUCACAAUUCCGAUGGAAGUUAAGAAAUGGACGUACGACGGCUUUCUGGUACGAUUGGUGGCACGACAAAGGCCCCCUCUUCGGGCUCUUUUCUAGUAGGGAUAUCUACCGUUCCAGGAUACCGCAUGAAGCCACAGUGCGCUCCUUUUAUGACUCGGAUUGGCCACCGUCGGACUCACGGAAUACCAUUUUGGGGUGGGCGGAGCCGGCACCUUCUUUCAACGACAAUGGAGAUGACAUACUCACCUGGCAAGCCCACCCGUCGGGUACUUUCUCGGUGGCGUCGGCCUGGGACUUCAUCGAGUCCAAAGGUCGGGCUGCUCCUUGGCACUCUUUUGUGUGGGACCGGGACAUUACUCCGCGUCACGCCUUUCUCAUGUGGUUAGUCACUCUCAACCGCAUACCUACCCGCACUUUACUAAUCCAAAACCGCAGGAUCACCGAUGGGACUUGUGCCUUCUGCCGAAGGAGACCGGAUUCCGUGGAUCAUCUAUUCUUUGGGUGCUCGGUUACGGGUAGCUUGGCCUUGUUUUGGGCAGCCAAAUGUCGGUUAACAUGGAGGAACCGUCCUUGGCAAGAACACAUCCGUUGGGCCAUGACGUACAUAGGUGGCCGGUCUUUCUCUCACCGACUUGCCGGAUUCUCCCAUGGUGCGCUUUGUCACCUUAUAUGGACCAAGCGGAAUGACAUCUUAUUUCGGAGCAAGGCCCUUUUUGUACCGGAAAUGAUUAAACACCUCAUUAAGGUGGUCAAGGACAAAGCCAUUUCUCUUGGAACAGUCAACGAUACCCCUUGGAAUCGUCGGUUACAAAGUAGUUGGGGUCUCUCCCCCGCCAUCUUUGAGGCUCGUCCUUAG